AUGCCCAAUAUCCACCCAAUCCUCGACAAUGGCUUCCAAAAGGGCAGCGACAACUUCAACGGCGGCACACUAAAGUGCCACUGCCCCUCUUCGCCAGUGACGGUCUCAAUCAAAGGCAACGUCCUCCACAACCACUUCUGCGGCUGCUCGCUCUGCUGGAAACCCACUGGCUCUCUGUUUUCUCUCGUUGGAGUCGUGUCAAAGGACAACGUCUCCGUUACCGCCAACGAGUACAAGCUCAAAAUCGUCAACCCGGAGGCAGCGAUUCAACGCAACGCUUGCAAGGAAUGCGGCGUGCACCUUUUCGGCCGAAUCGUUCAAGAUCAUCCAUUCAAGGGUCUGGACUUUAUCCACGUUGAGCUCUCGCAGGAGAAGGGAUGGCAGGAGCCGCAAUUCGCCGCUUUCGUCAGCAGUGUCAUCGAACAAGGAGCGGAGCCGUCCAAGAUGGACGAGAUCAGGUCGGCGUUCAAGAAGGCUGGUUUGGAGAGCUAUGAUUGUCUCAGCCCGGCUUUGAUGGAUGCCAUUGCUACGUUCGUUGCGGCGAAGAAGUCGUCCAAGUGA